AUGAACACAUCGUCAACAUUUGAGAGAUGUAGUCCUGGUCAUUCCUUGUUCACAAAUCCUACUGACGGCGUGCGGAAAAGGGAAGAGAGCUUUUCUAACUUACUUUCGAGCUCCUCUGAGCUGCUCUCUGGUGCAGCAAAUUCGGGCUCACCACCGCCUUACAUCCCUGCUAAAGUGAACGCGAUUUCUUCUCCAAAUACUGAAAAGAGUUCAGGGCUUAAUGAGUGGGAAGCACCCCCUUAUUCAUCGCCACAGAAGAUCAUUGAAGAAUUGUUCAGUGACCUGCCAGCAAAGCCUUUGGAGUGUGGUGGCUGCAUGAAUGCAGACCUGGGAGCACACAGAAGCGUUCCUUGUGGCGAGUGGGGAAGUUUGAAUAGCACAGCACCUCUUGUUGUCUCCCUGCUGUUCUUUGAUGAUGAGCGGAGUCAGCUUUAUGUCUCAAUUGAUUUGCAACUUCCUUCCAAGAAACGGGAUUGGGCAGCAAAUGGCAUGUAUUUUUCAUCAAUUGAAGACCUCAGCAUCAUUGGAGUUGUAGUUCAUCAGAUCGGUCAACCCAAGUUGAGAGUCAUUCUAUUACCAGGAGUACAAUUUGAUGUUCUCCCCACCACCAACGUAACUCAUGAGGAGUUCAGAGAAGCGAUUCGGGCAGCUUUAGUUUCUGCAGAUGCUAUCAUCUACUCUGUAUUGAAUAUAAUCAACAAGGUGUUCUUUGCUAUUCAGGCAACUAGCCUCAACAUCUGCAACGAUGUUCAUGCGGCAUUGGUGGCAAGGGCAAAUGGACUACUUCGUGAUGCAUUCAGGGUCAACAUGAGGCUUCUUCCUGUUCUCGCGCAAAUGGAGAUUGCUGGCGUUCGGGUUGAUAUGGACUUACUAAUGUCAAAACGGGACUAUCUGGAGAAACGGAUGGAGCAUCUUACGUCGAUUGGGGAGAAGUUGGUUGGCCGUCGCGUCAACUUGGCUAGUCCAAAGCAAGUGGCCCAAGCCCUUGAUGAGGACUUGAAGUUGCCAGUAGGAGCAGCUAAGAGUGUUGGUAUGGCCAAGAAGCGAGAGGCACAGACCCACUCAACUACAAAUGAGGCAACACUAAGUCAACUCGCUGCACUUCAUCAGUUUCCUAAUAUUGUUUUAGAGUUCAGGCAACUUUUGAAGGUCAAGUCGACCUGGAUUGAUGGUCUUCUAUCAAGUUCCUACAGCGAAACGGUAUUCCCUUCACUCUUGCAUGUGAUGCGGCUUGAACAGGUUACUCAGUUUUGUUGUGUGCUCAGGAUGGUUGUGCUAGGAUUCACUCGGAGUGGAAUGCUGCUAACACGGCAACAGGACGAUUGUCAUCUUCCAGCCCUAAUUUACAGGUUUGAUUCACACAUAACCAGCAACACUGAUUGUUUGUUUCACGAAUUAACAUUGCUACUUGAACAGAACCUGCCAACAUACGCCCUAGAAGGGACAUCCGCAGCGACAAACACUUUAACCGUUGCUAUCGCCAUUCGUGAUGCUCUUAUGUCUGCACCAGGGAAGGUACUGGUUUCUGCUGAUUAUUCACAAAUAGAGCUUCGAAUUUUUGCUCACUUAUCUGCUGAUGAGGCUCUGGUUAAUGUCUUUAAAGCUGGACAACAGAGUGAUGUUUUCAGACUCAUUGGAGCAGCCUAUCUUGGAAAGUCUGCAGAUGCUGUAAAUGAUCAGGAGCGGCAACUGGUCAAGAGAUUAUGCUAUGGUAUUCUUUAUGGGCAAGGGAAGCAAGCCAUGGCCGCAAUUCUGGGAGUGGAUGUCGACAAGGCUCAACAACUUUUGCAAAGCUUUUUAGAUCACUUCCCGAGCUACUUCCAGAUAUUCAUGAGCGUAAUCCAGAGAGGAGAGCCCAAGCAGAAAGGCAGGCAGUGA